UUUUUUUUUUUUUUUUUUUUUUUUUUCACUUUUUUUGCCUUUGCUCUCCCUUGGUCAUUUUUUUAGUGCUCUGCUACACAUCUACUCGCGGGUCAACUUUUGCCCUUUUUGUGUGUUACAAUGACUGCGGGAAGUUUACCUUAUUAAUAUUUCUUUCCCCCAGGUCCGAAAUUUUAUACUCACCCAACAUCGGACCAGCACCUAACGGCCGUCAAGAAUCAUGGCCAAGGAGAAUUUGGUUGAGAUGGAUGUUCAUCCAUUAGACGGCCAAAGUCAAGACGGAGUACUCUCCACUAAUUCCAGUGAGGCAAAACCGUCCUCAAGCCCCGAAGUGGUUAACGCCUCAGGGCACAAACAGGAGCUGCACCGCAACUUCAGCCUGUUAAGCAUUUGUGCCAUUGCGAUCACCACAGGAAACUCAUGGACCGCAAUGGGCGGCAGUCUCACUGUCGCUAUUUACAACGGUGGACCGCCUGGUGUUAUUUACGAAUUCAUUGCCGUCGCAAUAUGUUACUGGUUUGUUGCAGCGUCCAUUGCUGAAUUGGCUUCCGCGAUGCCAUCAGCGGCGGGAGUCUAUCACUGGGCGAGUGUAACAGCAGGGCGAUAUGGUCGCCCCGUAGGCUGGCUCGCUGGCUAUUGGAACUUUUUCGCCUGGGUAUUUGGUGCUGCCUCCAUAGCUUCAAUUCUUGCCAAUCAGACCGUGUCAAUGUACAUGCUCUUCCAUCCGGAGUUGGAACCACAGGUAUGGCAUGUGUUUGUCAGCUAUCUCAUCUGCUCGUGGUUGUGCUGCUGCAUUGUGAUGUUCGCCAACAAAGCAUUGCCGGCCACCAGUAAUGUGGGCAUGUUCCUUAUCAUCGGCGGUGUCAUUGUUACGAUUCUGGUCUGCGCCAUUAUGCCCCACGUGAAUGGGACCGGAUAUGCCUCGAACGCCUUUGUCUGGAAGGACUGGGAGAACCAAACCGGUUAUUCUAGCAAUGGUUUCGUCUUUGUCGCCGGCAUGCUUAAUGGUGCGUACUCCGUCGGCAACCCAGACAUCACGAGCCAUGUUGCAGAGGAGAUCCCCAGACCAAGUCGCAACAUCCCCAAAGCCGUCUUGGCUCAAAUGAUUACGGGUUUUAUCACUGCCGUAACCUACAUGGUAGCCCUCCUCUACUCCAUCAAUGACCUCCCUGCCAUCCUCGAGAACAAAUCCACCUUCCCCCUAGCUGAAAUCUACCGACAAGCCACCGGCUCCAGCGGCGGUGCCCUCGGCCUCCUCAUCGUCGUCUUCCUGCCCACCUUCAUCACCUGCAUCGGCUGCUACAUCACCGCCGGGCGCACGCUCUGGACCCUGGCCCGCGACAACGCAACCCCAUUCAGCGGCUGGACGUCACGCGUCAGUGGCACCUUCCACAACCCUUUAAACGCUACCUUCGUCUGCGGCUGCAUCGUGACGGUCAUGGGCUGCAUCUAUGUAGGCUCGUCAACGGCAUUUAGUGCGCUCGUCGGCUCGUUCGUGCAGCUUUCGUCGCUGUCAUACACCGCUGCGAUCCUGCCACACCUACUGGGCGGGCGCUCUACGGUCCGGCCCGGCUAUUUCUUCAUGCACGGCUGGAUUGGGUACAUUGUCAACACAGUUGCAUGUCUGUACAUGAUGGCGUUCAUUGUGAUAUUCUCGUUUCCGUUCGCGCUGCCGGUCACGGCGCAGGAUAUGAAUUAUACUUCGCUGAUUACGUGGGGAUUGACGAUUUUCGUUGCGAUAUGGUGGCUGUUCAGAAAGGGGAAUUACGUUGGGCCCAAAGCGGUACCGCUGGGAGAAGUGGUGUUGGCGAAAGAUGCGCUGUGAUCUCGUGCUUUCUUCUUUUUUUUUUCAUCCCCUUUCCUCGAACCGAGGGUCUUCCCCUCUCUAUCAAAGGGGCUGUAUUUUUGGAUAUAUACUGCCUCGACUCCGGGGGGGGGGGGGGCAGAAGUGUAACCUGGACGGGUUAAUAUGCUGGGAGAGCCGGGGAAUCCUCUUCCUCUCUACCCCAUUCUCAUAGACAUCUAGAUCGUAUAUGUUGUAUUCAUUUGAUGUCGUGUACAUAUAUGUAUGUAUAUAUAUCUCCUCGACACUCGCCUCUAAAAAGAUUUACUAAUAAGUUAGAGUGUAAUAUAUUUAAUUUCACAGACCUGCUCGAUUAAUUAUCCCUCGUCAUCAUUAAAAAUUAUGUCUUCCCAACGCUUUAACCUGCAUUUCUUACGGAUUGAGUGCGGGUAGACGGGCAAGCGCUUGCUUUCGGGGCUUGACGAUUGGAGAUUUGUGAAUUAAUAUAUUUAUAUUCCACCAUCAACAGCAAUGCGGUGAUUCCCUUCGAAUUUAAGAUCGAAAAAUCUCUUGAAGAAGCGUUUGUGCUCUGCCGCAAGUUGAUAGAGGAGCAAUUACUCGGUAAAGUGCUGCGGAAAGAAUCUUUUGCUGCAAUGAGUUACGCCCACAAAAUUCAACAGGAUGCACAUAUUAUGUAACUAAAUCUGACUCUAUAAUACUACGAUAAUGCCCCGGUAUUUUCGGUAGUUCCACCAUAAUAUUUUAGUGGCAUUCUAACCAUCAUUCUGGGGGGGGGGUAUACGUGGCAUUCUCGCGUUGAGCGCGUUCUCAUUAUUAUUAUAGAAUAAUCCAUAGAGGAACCAAUAAUCAUAUUAAUAUCUAGUAUAGCCACC